AUGACAUUCCAAUCGACUUGGAAACAUAUUUAUACGAAUCCGUGGUAUUUUGAACGGUUAAAUUUAUCGAUGUUAGAUGAAAAAGAUUCAGAAAAUGUUUGUUCAAAUGUGAAAUAUUUAAGAGUUGAUCAGCAAAGUUCAAAUCUUUCAAUGCGUUUUCCAAAUAUCCAAAAAAUGAUCAUUCAAUCUCAAAUGAAUUUUUCGUUCGAAGAAUUUCAACGAUUUCGAUAUCUGAAACAUUUAAUUAUCCAUGGUGAACAAUUGAUUUUUCCCUGCUUACUCAACCGUAUUCAUCGAUUAACAUUGUCAACGAACCUUGAAUUAUUAAAUUCAUCGAAUGUUUUCCCAAUCUUUAUUCAAUUGACUUGA